CUGUGGCUUUGGGAGGGGAUUUAGCACUGAUCCUGGACCAGCUGCUGGAUUCUGGACUCUCGCUAUGGUGCCAUGGGGAUUGCCUUUUUAGGAGACACCUGAUCACAGCAACACAAAGAAGGCUUGGUGAUAAGAGCCUGCUGGUUGAGUGUGUGAGAUGAAUAUGGCCCUGGUGAUUAGGAAGAGUGACUGGGAGGGGACAGAGGAGGGGGUAUUUGCUGGUUUUUGGUCAAGCUUGUACUCUGUAGAGCUUUCAGACACUCAAGUAGUGAAGCCCAAUCCUAAAGAGCUAAAGCUGAAAAACACUGGUAGUCCAGUCUCCUGUAAGGUCUCAUCAAACAUCUAGCCAAGAACACCAGCUACUACUUGUGCCUGAAGAUAUUUUUGUAGAUGGUUUGGGUUUGAAAAGGCACGUGAUGGAGAAAUUCCAGGCCGCAAUGCUCCUGGGUGCGGUAGGAGAUUCCCUGGGAUACCGCAAAGGCCGCUGGGAAAGCUGCACGUCAGGAUCUCAGAUACAGAAAGAGCUCUCGGCUCUUGGGGGACUGGCAGCCCUUAAACUGGAUCCAGAAAACUGGCCUUUGAGUGAUGGAGCUCUGAUGCACAUGACCACAGCGGAGGCCCUUGUUACAGAUUACUGGUGUCUGGAAGACUUGUACAGAGAAGUUGUGCGGCUCUUUGUGGCAGCCAUGGUGUCCCUCCAAGGCCGAACUCCUGACCCCAGCACAGUAGAAGCUUGUUCCUACCUCAAACCUGACAACUACCUGCUGGCCUGGCAUACGCCAUUUAAUGAAAAAGGUUCUGGUUUCGGAGCUGCCACGAAGGCUAUGUGUGUGGGCAUGCGCUACUGGCAGCCUGAAAGACUGGAAAACCUGGUGGAAGUGAGCAUCGAAAUAGGCCGGAUGACCCACAACCACCCCAUAGGAUUUUUGGGAUCUCUCUGUAGUGCCCUGUUUGCCUCAUAUGCAGUCCAAGGCAAGCCACUGGUGAACUGGGGCCGUGAUCUCAUGAAGGUGAUCCCCAAGGCUGAAGAAUACUGCAGGAAAACUAUACGCCACAUGGCAGAGUACCAGGAGAAAUGGUUUUACUUUGAAGCCAAGUGGCAGUUCUAUUUGCAGGAGAGAGGGAUUGAGGAGGAGGGACAGAACAAGCCUCUUUUUCCUAAUUCAUAUGACGCAGAUGAGACAGAUAAGGUGUAUAAGAGCUGGAGCUCAGAAGGCCGAGGAGGGCAUAGGGGCCACGAUGCACCCAUGAUUGCCUAUGAUGCUCUGUUGGCUGCAGGCUCAGACUGGGGCGAGCUGUGCAAACGGGCCAUGUUUCAUGGAGGAGAGAGCAGUGCUACAGGUCUGAUUGCUGGCUGUCUCUAUGGCCUGCUUUACGGACUGAACCAAGUGCCUUCAGGACUGUACCAAGACCUGGAAAAGAGGGAGAAACUAGAAGAGCUUGGAGCAAAACUGUACCAGAUGGCAGCUGCAGAAAAAGCAGAACAGGAAAGGCCUCAAGGAGUCAUUGCCCCAGAGAUCAACAUAGCAGUAAAUGGCAGGACACUUAAACAGCUAGUCUUGGAACGCUCAACCAGUCCAGUGAUCCGAGACAUUCUGGACACUCUACUGCAAUAUAUAACCCAGGAGUUGCCAAGGCAGUGUCCAUGUACCCAGAAGAGGUCAGUAAAAAAGAACGCAACGAGUAGGAAUACCAAGAAAGCAGCAGUUCGUCAACCUACCACCUUCCAGCUUCUUCAAUCCAAGUAUCUGUUAGCCAACCCCAGGCCAGCCUUAACCCAUAGAAGGGAAGUGGGUACUUUGAAUAUAAAAACAGUCCACAGAAUCAAGGAAGUGGACAAACCCAUUAGUGAUACAGGGCAAGAUGUUAAGGGAGGGAGGUUCAGGGUUCGAGACAUGAUUGCCAAAUUUGCAGCUGUUGAGCAAAAUGAGAAGGAUCUGGCAAAUGGAGACUUGGUCAGCCAGGUUAACACGGGUCCUGUUUUGUCUGAUAUGAUGAAGAAUCUUGAGGAUCUGUCAACCCUGCAGAAAGGAAGUGAUUUAAUUAAAUAUAGGAAGCAAGACUGUGCGGGUGAGUCUAACCCAAUGGGGAAGAAGAAAGUGACUAAACAAAAGAAAGCUCAAGAUUUAUUGAUUUUUGGCAAGCAAGAGAGACAGGUGAUAGUUAAAUAUACCGGCUCAAAGAUAAACAGCAGUAGUCUUGAGGAACAGCAAAGUCCUUUGGCAAUAGUAAAAGGCUCACCGUGCAGCUUACUCAAGGCUGAACAAGACCUUGUUUCCAAAAAACUGGUAAGCAGCCUCUGUUUACCUCUGACUCAACAGACAGUGAGGUAUGGAAAAGUCGAGAUGAUUUCCUUCAGUGCUUUGUUGGUGGACUCCCAAUCUGAGGCUGAAUAUGGACUUCUUGUGAUAGAGAACCCACAGAAGUGGAAUCUAGCUAUAGUCCUACCACACCCUUAUAUUUGGGAACUGGCCUGUUCAACAAAGGAGAGUUUGGAACAUCACCACCACAAACAGCAUGUACUGGAGCUACAACCUCAUAAAAAGGGUACAGAGGUGCCAUGCUCUGACCAGGCAGGAUUACAAACCAUGAAGCCAGUGGCCUCUGAGAUUCAGCAUAAGAUGCACCAGGAGACCCUUCAGAAUCAUACAGCAGAGUUUGAUCAGCAUUCACCAAUUGAGCCUCCAGAUGAUUGUCUCAAAAGACCUUUACUUACAUAUAAUGGUGCAGAGUCAUCAGGUGACUGUGAAAAAGAAGUCCUUAUGAUGUUUCUCAAAAGUCCAAUGCUUCAGUUGAAAUCACAGAUGGACCAUCAUGCUUCUCUGAUCCUACAAAGAUCCAGUGGAUUGUAUUCACCAGAGCAGAGCAUGGAUUCCAACAAAUGUCUUUCAACAGAAGUAUUGGAAGGUAAACCCAUGAGAACUGACAGUGAGAGUAUGGAGCCCAUGUCCUCUUCUACAUCAUUAUUCACUCUAACAAAACCAAUAAACAGCACAACACUUGAGUACUGUGACAACCAUUUGUCACAACACACAUCUCAAAAUGUAAUCUCAUGUACAGCAAAAGCCUACCAUGAUUCAGCGAGUCAUGCUAGCAAAGGCAGUGAGCAAGACAUCCCUUAUCCCUCAGGAAAAAGUAUACUAAACAAAAUGAUUCUAGUAGGCAAUUCAUGCAGCCAGAAGACAUCAAACAGACAACUUUCACAAAUGACGAAGGAUGAACAAAAUCUACCAUCACAAAAGGAGUGCCCAAAAUACACAACAUUUAAUUAUAGUGAUCCCUCUGUGAUGAGAACUUAUAUACCCAAGACUAUUAGGUUUACUGAUACUUUCAACUUCUGAUCCCUCAAAAUGUGUUCAGCACUUCUGAACUGCUCAUUUAUUAGUCAGCUUCACUGAAGAGAGAGGAAUUUAUUUUAAAUGUAGACCAGCAACAAACAAGAUAUAUACUAUAUGGCCAAAAGUAUGUGGACACCUGACCAGCACUUCUACAGUAUAUGUGGUUCUUCCCCAAACUGUUGGCACAAAGUUGGAAGCACACAAUCAUAUAGAAUGUCUUUGUAUGGUGCAGCUUUACAGUCUCCCUUCAUUGGAACUAAGAGACCCAAACCUGUUCCAGCAUGACAGUGCCCCUGUGCACAAAGCGAGCUCCAUGAAGACAUAGUUUGCCAAGAUUGGAGUGGAAGAACUUGAGUGUCCUGCACAGAUCCCUGACCUCAACCCCAUUGAACACCUUUGGGAUGAACUGUAACACUGACUACAACCAGGCCUCCUCACCCGACAUUAGUGCCUGACAUCACCAAUGCUCUUGUGGCUGAAUGAACACAAAUCUCCCCACAGCCAAAAUCUAGCAGAAAGCUUUCCCGGAAGAGUGGAGAUUAUAACAGCAAAGGGGGACUAAAUCUUGAAUGAGAUUCAAGUGUUCAAAAAGCACACAUGGAUGUAAUGGUCACGUGUCCACAAACUUUUGGCCAUAUAAUGUAAAAAAAAAAAGAGAUGCAGACAUGUAUGGUUUAGCUGCAGCAUUUAUGAUUUUGGGCCCCUUGCUAUGGGAGACACUUAAAAAAUACACUUUUCUCACUUUGCUGUCAGCUAAACAGCAGUCAAACAUGAAUUAAAUUCACUGAAGGGGAAAGGACACGGGAUGUUGGCCUUUGAAUUCAUGAACCUUGUUCUUGUAGGUAAAAAGAAAACAAGAGGGUGAAUGUUUUGUCUUUCUGUUUAUUUUUCGUUCAGUAUGUAUUGUAUAGGUUCUAUUUCAUAGAUGUAAUUAUACUGUGCACGUAGAAGUUCUGAGGCAACCUUCAAAGUUAUAGUAUAUGUGAAAACAAAUCAUCACCUUUAACUUAUGUUAUUUAAAAUGGAGCAUUUAUUUUUGAUGAUAAAAUACACUUUUAACUGAAUAUACAUUUUGAAUGAAUUUAAGAUAUAUAGGGGAAUCAGAGCUUUUCACAUGGUGACCAUGUGUACUCCUGCAAAACAAAUCAAACUUCACUGUCCUAAUAUUUGUGGAGGUCACGGUAACCACCCUGCUGCACCUGCCUAUGUGUUCUAACAGAAAUAUGUAACAAUAAAAAGCACUUUAGAGCUUUGACCUCAGCUAUUGUAUUUAAUGAUGCACAGUAAAUAAAGUGAGGUAAUGGAAAUUCCAGUGGGAGGUACUGUAAUAUGAGCAACACACCUGGUUCUCUAGGGAGUGGUAUAGCUCUUCAAAGGAAAAAGAAGUUAUUAUUUAUGUAUAUCAUUGUCUGUAGCAGAUAUAGUCUAUUACUGUAGAAGUACAUUUUGAUUAAUACAAGUUUUUAUGGUUCAUUCAUUUUAUAUAUAUAUAUAUAUUUUAAAUCUUCAAGGUUAAACCUCUAGACCUCUUAUACAUCAGUCUGUUUGCUCUUUAUGUGAUUAAGGAGAGAACUGUUUGUUGAAACACACCUGGACCAGUUUUCCCACAGAAAGAUAAUAAAAGCUAACCCUGUAAUUUUCAA